AUGAAGCUCGACACUCGAGCCAUACGAUAUCUCACUGGCGACGACUGGAGAGUUCUGACGGCAGUUGAACAAGGAAGCAAGAACCAUGAAGUCGUACCAACACCAUUGAUACAGCAGAUUGCUGGUCUUCGAGGCGGAAGUGCAGUCCACAAAUGCAUCUCCAGCUUGGCCAAAGUCGGCCUGAUCGCCAAAGUGAAGAACGCGAGAUAUGAUGGAUACCGUCUUACUUAUGGCGGUCUCGACUAUCUCGCACUGAACGCACAUCGCAAGUCAAACGUGGUCUUCAGCUUGGGCAACCAAAUCGGAGUCGGCAAAGAAUCAGACAUCUACAUCACCGCUUCUCCCGACGGAAGGCAACAGGUUCUGAAGCUCCAUCGAUUGGGACGAAUCUCCUUCAGGACAGUCAAAGCCAACCGAGACUACCUCCGCAAGCGCAGCACUGGAUCAUGGAUGUACUUGUCGAGGUUGGCGGCUCAGAAGGAGCAUGCUUUCAUGCGAGUGCUGUACCGGGAGGGAUUUUCAGUCCCCGAGCCUCUGGCCUGGAGUCGACACACCGUUGUCAUGGAGUUCAUCGACUCGUUCCCGCUUCGCAUGAUCGACAGCAUCCCAGAUCCCGGCAAGCUGUAUGCAGAGCUUAUGGAUAUGAUUGUUCAAUUGGCACAUCGAGGUCUCAUCCACGGGGAUUUCAACGAGUUCAACAUUCUUAUCAAGGAAGAGACGGCGGGAGACAAGGUCACGCUGAAACCAGUCCUCAUUGACUUCCCGCAAACCGUCAGCACCAACCAUGCUAAUGCGCAAUAUUAUUUCGACCGCGAUGUGGCAUGCAUCAAGCGCUACUUUGAGCGGCGCUUCAAGUAUGUAUCAGAUGAACCUGGUCCACUCUUUGCCGACGCUCUCAAGGGCGCCGACUUAGAGCGGAGACUCGACGUUGAGGUGGAAGCAAGUGGGUUCUCGAAGAAGAUGGGCAAGGACCUGGAGAGGUUCAUCGAAGCGACUGGAGGAGACCAGACUGAGGCGAACGCUCAAUCAAACGAAGGACAGGUUGCGGGUGGGGAGGCCGAGGAGGAAGAAGACGAUGAUGAUGACGACGCCGCAGGAGAAGACGAGGAGGAAUUGGGGCAGGAGUUACAAGAGGGCGAUUCACUAGUCGACGAACUGCACGAUCUCUCGACCGACGAUCGAACCGGGCAUAAGCCAUUCGACCCUGCAGCGUUCGGCCUCGAGCCGCUGGACCUGCCGCAAGAUCCUGACGUUGCGACGGAGAAGGUGCGAACCAAGAAGAAGGCAAGUGGCUGGGCAAUAUAG